AUGCCGGCUCCAGAGCCUCCGCCCCCCGAUGGCAGCACGACCGAUAUGGUCGCAUGCGCUCCUCCCGAAUUAGCAGAGGCCGACUUCUGGAGUCAGGUCUUUGGCCUGAACUCUGACGAGGCCAUGAAAAAUAUUGACAAUCUGUCUGCAAAAGCCGCUCAUUUGGGCAUCUCAGUGCCGCGACCAUCCAGUGCGCGCUCCGCCACGGAAAAGUAUACGCCAUGUAUAGAUUCAAACACAACAUCAGAGACGGGGCACGCGCGCACUGCUUCGGGCGAGUCCAAAUGCUCCGCAAGCACUACCUUGACCUCCAUGUCCGCCGACGAAAGCCAGUCGGACCCUGCCCCGAUUGCGCUCAAUCGCAAGAGGUCGCGAAAUCUCGUCUUCGCCCAGUAUGACAAGCUGCUCGCGCAGGCUAACCCGAGGCUGGACCAGCCCAAACAUGCAAGUCUGCCAUUGUCAGCAACGGAGCGUCACAAUUCGGCACCCAGUCUCCUGAGUGUGAGCACAAGAAAAAGCUAUCUGAGCAUUAGAAAUGGUAUUCUCAAGAUCCGGCGUAGACGGAAGACAUCCCCAUUCCCCGAGGCCCUUAUCAAUUCAUGUAGCGCUUGUCGUGAAGACUUCAAGCCGGACCAAGUACUAGAGAGGCUGCCAUGUGGGCAUAGCUACUGCACGAAAUGCCUCGGAAUCAUGAUCAACCAGGCAGUAAAGGAUGAAACAAAGAUGCCGCCCAGGUGCUGCAUACAGCCGAUACCGGGUUUAUUGAUUAAAUCCCUGCUCAAUCGCGAGGAGCAAACUGCCUUCCUCAAGGCCGUACAACAGUUUUCGACGCCCUGGGAAAACCGCAUCUUCUGUUCAAAUCCCAAUUGUGGCGAAUUUAUUCCUCCCAGGGCCAAGAUUGACCCAAAACACCCAUUCCAGGCCACGUGCCGUACUUGCCAAACCAAAGUCUGUAUCAUGUGCAAGCGUGAUGCGCAUCCUAUAGGCCACGACUGCCCUUCGGACACGGAACUGGAGGCGGUCCUCAAGAUAGGAGAAGCAUCAGGAUGGAGGCGGUGUUACAAGUGUCGAAACCUGGUAGAGCUUACUCAAGGCUGCAGCCACAUGACGUGCCGAUGUAAAGCACAGUUCUGUUACGUGUGCGGUGGCGUUUGGGAUGGCACUGUCGGAUGCCCGAACUACUGUAAUGGCGAGGAAGAGCUCGAGCGUCGGCGCAUCGAGGAAGCGGAACGCUUGGCUGCUCAAGAGGCUGAGGAGGCUUUGGCUAAAGAAGCAGCAGAGAAGGAAGCCGCGGAAAUUCUUGAAGCAGAUAAACGCACGAAGGAGUCGCCCGAAUUCCAAGCAACGCGCCGCGAGCAGAUUGAUGAGAUGGAGAGAUUCCGCGUGUACGAAAGGAAGACGAAAUGGCUCAUGUGGACUCGACAAUCCCAGGAGAAACUAUCCCUGGUAGAGAGACAUUCAGGUAUGAUCGAAAAGAUGAAAGAGCGCCAUGUCAAGACGACCGUAAAUCUCGAGGACCGCCAAGUACAGGCAGAGCUCGAGCUACGCAUGUCGCUCGAGCAGAGCGAGCGAAACGUCCGUAUUCGCCUCAAACACAUGGAAGCUUAUUGCGAUGGCCUCGGGCAAAACCCUGAUGCCGGCAUGCCCAAACGCACCGUGACGGAAAGGGACUUGCGCGAACUCGGUCAGCAGUACAACGUGGAGAAGAACAUGAGGCAACUACACCAAGCGAAGAUCAACGUGAUGCGCGACCGUCAAUCAAAGGCUCUAGAGGAACUGCAACAGAGACAGGACGACGAGCUGGAAAAGCUCCUCGAGAAGAAUCGAGCGGAGCUUGAAGCUUUGGAGUCUGUCUUUGCGGACCAAGAAGAUGCACUUGCCAUUACUUUCAACAUCAGGAGGCAGACCAUGGACAGGCGAUGGGAACUCUCGAUGCGCAUUUUGCAGAAAGAAAUGGAGGAAAAUGCUGGAUUGCGCUACUCCAUCCUGGACCCUUUGGAGUGGCCUCAGGAGAAGGAAUCCUCGGAAGAUGGUCUAUCACCCGUGGAGGAAUAG